UCAGUAGUGUGCGUGUCUGAGAGGGUCACAUAAUAUUAUCCCUUGUAUAAGAAAACAAAGAAUUGUGCACCAAAAUCAUGUCAUCUGCCAUUGGAUUCUCUGCAAAUUGCUGGUUGCUCUGUCAUGCGCGAAACCCUCCUUCAUGUUCUGUAAUCUCCUAUGUUUCAGUGUCUUCUUGUUCCUCCUUGAACCGGGUGCCUCACUCUAAGCUCAAGUAUGUUCAGAAAGUAUCCUCUGAAGGACUUCCUAAUGAGUUGAUUGAAGACUCGAAAUUUGUUCCUCUGAAUACCGAGGAUCCUCGAUAUGGUCCACCUGCCUUAUUGUUGUUGGGCUUUGAAGCAGAUGAAGCGUUGAAGAUUCAACAGCUUUUGAAAGAGUUAGAUGGUCAAUUCCUGAAGGUCAUCUAUUGCACCGAAGACAUGGUUACACGUUCGCUUUGGGAGGCAAUGCAUACAACACAGCACAGUUUGGAAGAGGUCAAGAUAGACAAGUCUCUUCCUCGGAUAUGUUUCUUAUCUGGUUUAAGCGGAGAGGAGAUGAUGAUGUUCAUAGAUGCUUUCCCUGAAACUGGACUAAAACCAGCUGCAUUUGCUGCUCUUGUUCCCAACAGUGCUAAUAAACCACUGCAGGAGUUGAUAGAAGAAAUAACGGGAGACCAUGAAAUGUUGACUGGAGAACAGUUGUAAAGAGUUAAAUUCCCACCGAAUACCAGGAGAGCAAUUGCAGAGUAUGGUUGGAAAAGCAAUGUGAUUUGAUUGAGACCAAUUAUUUUUCGCUACAUCGUGGAAAGAAUGUACGCAUUAUAAAUCUGAAUGUGCUUGGAUUUUAAGUAUAUAAAAGUUAAUUUAGCAAUUGAUUAUUUGCUCAGAACCAAAUUUGCUAUAUCAUACCAGUACUUUAAAUAUGAGAA